CCCCGGACAGGAGCUCAGAGAGACAACUAUUUACCCGAAACUAAAGGAGGAGAAACGGGAUACAAAAUCGGACAAGCGAGGACUUUUUUUUCUUCCUGAUAUAUAUAUAUAUAUAUUUUCAGAGGGAAUUUCAUUUUAAAGGGACCACUUGAGGUUUGGACAUGAUGCUGUGGGGCAUCUUUUUGCUGUUGAUGCUUUGGAGCUGUGAAGGAGCCAGAUUGGCAGAGAGUCGGGACGACAACAGUGUGUAUGACUUAUUCGAUAUGGUCCGGAUAAACAAGAGAAACAAAGGACUGAGUUUGGUCAAAGGUGCAGAUCCCAACAGCCCCGCAUACAAAGUCCUCGACGCAGACCUGAUCCCCCCACUGCCCGACAGCUCCCUCAGGGACCUCCUCGACUCCAUCCAGGCUGAGAGGGGCUUCCUCCUCCUGGUCAACCUGAAGCAGUUCAAGAAAACCAGGGGCAGCCUUUUGACCAUCGAGAAGAACGACGGAUCCGGACCCGUUUUCCAGAUCAUCUCCAACGGGAAGGCGAACACUCUGGAUGUGGUCUACUCCACCAUGAACCAGCAGCAGGUCGUGUCCAUCGAGGAUGCUGAUUUGGCCACCGGACACUGGAAGAACAUCACGCUGUUCGUUCAGGAUGACCGGGUGCAGCUUUUUGUUGGCUGUGAGGAGAUCAAUGUAUCAGAGAUGGAUUUGCCAAUCUCCAAAGUGCUGACCCAGGAGGUGGCAGACGUUGCCCGGCUCAGGAUUGGAAAGGGAUCUGUACGGGACAAAUUCAUGGGAGUGCUUCAAAAUGUGCGCUUUGUCUUUGGGACCUCUCUCGAUGCUAUACUAAGAAAUAAGGGAUGCCAAAGUGGAGCUACCUUAACUGAUGUCAUGACCCUGGACAACCCAGUCAACGGCUCCAGCCCCGCCAUUAGGACUGAUUACACCGGCCACAAAGCCAAAGAUCUGCAGUCUGUCUGCGGUUUCUCUUGUGAGGACAUCGCCGGCAUGUUUAAGGAGCUUAAGGGACUCGGCGUCGUCGUUAAACAGCUGUCGAAUGAGCUCCGCAAAGUGUCUGCGGACAGCACACUGCUGAAAAAUCAAAUGAACAUCCACAAUGGAAUUUGCAUCCACAACGGCAUCGUGCACAAGGACCAAGAUGAAUGGACCGUGGAUAGCUGCACCGAGUGCACCUGCCAGAAUUCUGCUACCGUGUGUCGCAAAAUCUCCUGCCCUCUGAUCCCAUGUGCUAAUGCCACCGUGCCAGACGGAGAGUGCUGCCCUCGCUGUGGAACACACUAUGCAGAGGAUGGUUGGUCUCCCUGGUCUGACUGGACCCAUUGUUCGGUGACUUGUGGUCGGGGCAUCCAGCAGCGCGGACGUUCCUGCGACCGCAUCAACAGCAACUGUGAGGGCACCUCUGUCCAGACCCGUGACUGCUACCCCCAGGAAUGUGACAAACGCUUCAAACAGGACGGCGGUUGGAGCCACUGGUCUCCAUGGUCUUCGUGCUCUGUGACCUGUGGUGAGGGCGUCAUCACCCGGAUACGCCUCUGCAACUCCCCCACACCGCAGAUGGGUGGCAGGGACUGCCAGGGAGAGGGACGUCAAACGAAAAUCUGCCAACAGUCACCCUGUCCUAUCGAUGGAGGGUGGGGACCUUGGUCACCAUGGGACACCUGCACUGUUACCUGUGCUGGAGGAGUCCAGACCCGCAAACGCCUCUGCUCUGACCCUGUCCCCAAAUAUGGAGGAAAGGACUGUGUUGGUGAUGCUUCUGUGUCUCAAGUGUGCAACAAACAGGAGUGCCCCAUUGACGGUUGUCUCUCCAGCCCAUGCUUCACUGGAGCAAAGUGCACCAGCUUCCCCGAUGGCUCUUUCAGGUGUGGCAGGUGUCCACUUGGCUACACUGGGAAUGGCAUCGCCUGCAAAGACAUUGAUGAAUGUAAAGCGGUCCCCGAUGCUUGCCACACACAUAACGGAGUGCAUCGCUGUGAGAACACUGAGCCCGGUUACAACUGUCUACCCUGCCCUACACGUUUCUCCGGUCCUCAGCCCUUUGGAAGAGGAGUGGAGCAGGCGACCGCUAAAAAACAGGUUUGCAAACCCCGUAACCCUUGCCAAGAUGGGACCCAGGACUGCCAUAAGAAUGCAAACUGCAUCUACUUGGGCGUCUUCUCUGAGUCCAUGUUCCGCUGCGAGUGCAAACCAGGGUAUGCUGGGAAUGGCCGUAUUUGCGGAGAGGACAGCGACCUGGACGGAUGGCCCAACACCAACCUGCGUUGUGUGGAGAACGCCACCUACCACUGCAAGAAGGAUAACUGCCCCAACCUUCCCAACUCUGGCCAGGAAGAUCAUGACAAAGAUGGCCUGGGUGAUGAAUGUGACCACGAUGAUGACAAUGAUGGGAUCCCCGAUGAUAGGGACAACUGCCCAAGAGUGUACAACCCUGCCCAGUAUGACGCAGACAGAGAUGACAUUGGCGACCGCUGUGACAACUGUGUGUUCGAGGCCAAUACAGACCAAACGGACACUGACAACAAUGGCGAGGGUGAUGCCUGUGCUGUUGACAUUGAUGGUGAUGGCAUUCUGAACGAGAACGACAACUGCCCAUAUGUUUACAACGUGGACCAGAGAGAUACUGACAGGGACGGGGUGGGAGAUCAUUGUGACAACUGCCCUCUGGAGCACAACCCCGAUCAGUUCGACUCUGACUCAGAUCGCAUAGGAGACAAGUGCGACAACAACCAGGACAUUGACGAGGACGGACACCAGAACAACUUGGACAACUGCCCCUACAUACCCAACGCCAACCAGGCCGACCACGACAAGGAUGGCAAGGGUGACGCCUGCGACCAUGACGACGACAACGACGGCAUUCCCGAUGAAAAGGACAACUGUAGGCUGGCAUUUAACCCUGAUCAGCUGGACUCUGAUGGCAAUGGCCGUGGUGAUGUGUGUAAAGACGAUUUUGACCAAGACAAUGUUCUGGACAUCCACGACGUGUGCCCGGAGAACUUUGCCAUCAGUGAAACAGACUUCCGCAGAUUCCAAAUGGUUCCUCUGGACCCCAAGGGCACCUCCCAGAUUGACCCCAACUGGGUGGUCCGGCAUCAGGGCAAGGAGUUGGUGCAGACUGUCAACUGCGAUCCCGGCAUUGCUGUUGGUUUCGAUGAGUUCAGCGCGGUGGACUUCAGCGGAACGUUCUUCGUCAACACGGACAGAGAUGACGACUACGCUGGUUUCGUAUUUGGCUACCAGUCCAGCUCACGCUUCUACACAGUGAUGUGGAAACAGAUCACACAGACUUACUGGUCCGUCACACCCACAAAAGCUCAAGGCUACUCAGGCCUGUCAAUCAAAGUGGUAAACUCCACCACUGGGCCCGGUGAGCAUCUGAGGAACGCCCUGUGGCACACCGGAGACACCGCAGGACAGGUGCGCACUCUGUGGCACGACCCCAAGAACAUUGGCUGGAAGGACUUCACUGCCUACAGAUGGCAUCUGACCCACAGACCCAAGACUGGACUUAUUAGAGUGGUCAUGUAUGAAGGCAAGAGAAUCAUGGCUGAUUCUGGAAACAUCUACGACACGACGUACGCUGGUGGGCGGCUAGGCUUGUACGUCUUCUCUCAGGAGAUGGUUUACUUCUCAGAUCUCAAAUACGAAUGCAGAGACACAUAAUUGGACCACAGAGCCUUCUAGCAGAAUGUUCGUCAGUAUGAAUAUAUAUAUAAUACAAGACCUGGAUCGACAUCUCUUUAACUUUUUUCUCUUGAGAACUGCACAUUGGAGGAAUGACGAGCAAGUGAGUUAAUGUGAGGUAAACUGACCUCAGGACAUUAAGCCAAAUGAAAUUUGAAUGACAAUUCUCCACCAAACUCAAAUUGUGGGCGCAGCUCUGCUCAGAAGAAAUUGGCCCUCUCACUUUGUUGCUCUGAUCUGCAUUUUAUUGCUUUUGCACACAUGAACUGUUGGCGGUAUUCCUCUGUGGACGAGGGACCAAAGGGAAGAGUGUUCCAUGUUUUUAAAUAUUAUUUUUGAGUUUAAUAGACAUCUGCUGUGGACUGUUCAGUAUGAAGAAAGCAGUAGGAGAACUUUUCGUAGGCUGGGGUAGAUAUACCCCUUGAAGGAACUGAUGAGGGACCAUGGACAGUAUGGACUGACUGUUACUAUCAAAGAGAGUGAAUGUUGUUUGUGUGUUUGUGCAUGUGUGCCACCCAACAAGCAUAGUUAUGAAGACAACCCCAUUGUUUUUUUUCACUUAGAUUUUUUUUUAACGACCCCCACUCCCACGCAGACCUGUACACACGAGGUCUCGUAUAUAGCCAAGGCUUAGGGCUGGCCCAAAUCAUUUAAAUAUCUUCUCAGGAAAGAGCACUAGAAGAAACGAGGAGAGCACAAAAUUCAGGACAGCACAGGGCCCCGAAGCAGGUGCACUUUAACAAUGCUUUGGAACAGUAAUUAUUAGCAAAUAUUAUGUUGAUGUCUAAUCUUUACUGAAUGUGUCAAGUGACGUAAACAGCGAGGGCCAGUCUAUUCCCAUCUCGAGUAAACCAUUGUUAGUAUGGCUGUUUGUAUGUACUUAGUCAUCAUAGAGGCUUUAAUUCUCUCUCAUCUCUACAUUUUAACGAUUUGCCCCAAUUUAUUCCAAUUUACUGAAAUCAAAAUGCGCAAAUGGAAAGAUAAAGCAUUGACCUGUUUUUUGACCAAAACAGUAAAAGUAAAGAUCACUUACAGUAUCUCUAAAUAUCCAUACAGUGUGCAUGACUGGUGUGCCUGAGCUUUUGUGUAUAGGCCUUCAUUUCUGACAAGGGAAAAUCAAAGGAAACCCUUAUGUACAAAUAUUACCUCAUUAAUUAUUUUUGUAUUGAGGCCAGCAAUGCACAAGAAUCAGUAGUCUUAGCAUCAGAGUAUAAAUUGGUUGGCUUCUUUCUUUUUUUUAAGCAAGAUUUUAGUAUCAUUUUUAUGCUGUAUAUAAGAUAUUUUUGUAGAAGCCCAAACAGGAACGUAAAGGAUUAAAGAAAUGUUAUCUGGACUAUGUUUUGCUACAUGUAUUUCCUGUGCAUUUGUUUUGAUAAAUUAUUAUGUUUGUUUUAUGUUGAGGUUAUUUCAUUUGUGUAGAUAUAUGCUAUUUAAAUAAUUUAUCUAGAAGCGUAGCCUCAUAUGGAAGCGUUUCUGUCUGUAUAAACUUAUUUGCACACUGACAUGAGGAUGUCUUUGUUAUUUUGUAUGUCUUUUUUAAUAUUAGUGAAGCUUUUCUAUAAACUUUGUACUAUAGUUUCUACCCAAAGUGCUGUUUAUACUCCUACCUGGUAUUUUGUAAUGCCAAGUGAACAAUAAACAUUUU